CCUUGCGCCAUUGAUGAUAGCAACCUCGAUAUUGAUUUUGGCACAUGAUGAACUCUGGCAAUGUCACAGCUGAGAUCUGUGGCUCAAGAAUGGUUUAUGGUGUUGCCAUCUUUAGGCUUACACUUCAAUUAUCGCUGCAUGACUCCUAACUUGUAUGAGGCAUACGUGUACAAAUGAUGUCUUGUCAGAUAGAGGGAGAUAGGGAGGGCUUUUGAGUUUUGUUGCAUUGCCUUCAACAACGGUUGGCUUUGAAUAGUUUGACCGUGCCAAGGGUACACAACGCCACGGCUUCUGCUGCACAGUCUUGUACAGCAAGCGUGACCCUCGUCCUUGAGGAGGGCAGGAAGCGAACAUGAUUUCUUGGCUCUCACUAAGUGUAGAGAUUCGCAGGAGGGCGCGACGAUUUCUCUUGCACAGUAACACUGUUCCUCCGUACAGGCCAGCCCCUUACAAACACAAUAAAACCCCAUACAAGUACAGUGUAUGGUCAAUGUGCAUCAGUGUAUGCCAGGAGUCACUGGCAGUCAACUCAGAUCAGGGGCGCAUCCUCAAUUCCUCAUUCCUCCAUGUGUCAUUGAGUCACUCUUUAGGCAUUCACUUCUGUGACCGUGUGGCAUGUCCAUUCAGCACCAUUGAUCCUGUCUGUAAACAAUCUCAAGUGCCUGGGCUUUUUCCUGCACUCCUCCUGGGGCAACUGGCUCUUCUGCCAGGGUGACUAGCAUUUUUCUUGGUGGCUCCUAAACCGCACAGAUUGUAAGGUUGUGCUGUGUUAGCAUGUAGUGUGUUUUAGUCUGGUCAGGCGGAAUGGAAUUGCCCCUCUCAUUACUCGUAUCUCAAACACAUACAGUACCUACUUCUUGCAUAGGCUAACCUAACCUAGACUGAAGCAGGAUCGGAAGGAAAGAGAACACUUGGCCAGUCAGGCUUUGCAGCACAUCAACAUGCAGAUACGCAAUGCUGCAACCAACUCAGCUCAGCACAACGUCAGUUGCUGGCGUCUUCUGCAUGGAAAUGAGCAUGUUUCAUCAGCUUGGGAGACUAGAGGGUUUGGGAGAAUUUGCACAUACUUGAGGAAAAUAGCAGCGCUUGAGCUAGAGCAAACACGAGAAAAGAGUGCCUUCCGCUGUAGCUUCCACGAGUGUAUUCAUCUCUUGUCAGGCAAAGGCCAGGCCCAGCUAUGUUAGUUGCCUGCUGUGCAUGCAGGGUGUAGUUGGUUCCGCCGUGUAAGGAGCGUCAUCAUGCUCUGUUUUACACUCAAUGGCCUCUCAGAGAGCGUCCGCAGCAGUGGCAUUAUUAUAUCAUUAUUAUUAUUUUCUGACCUGGCAGGUGGCUAGGUGGUGUACAGAGGUUUGGGAUCCUGGCUUCCGUUUCCUUGGCAUUCAGUGACUGAGUUCAGCCCAGAGGUGCAAUUAUGUUUACAGCACAUGCACGCUCACACACUGUCAUUCAGUCAGUUCACUGUCAGGCAGCUGCUUGACCCUGGGUGCUUGUGAAGCAUGGCUAUUAUAUGGUGAGGCCUGGAACUGUAAUCAAGGUGAAAGAUGUAAACACUUUGCCUCUCCAAGUCUCCAUACACCUAACUCUACAGUGUAGUGGUGUUGGCCUUGGGCAUGAUGAAUCUAAGAGAGUGAUACAGCAGUUUAGUGGUGAUUAGCACGCAGAGUGGAUCUGCCACUGUUAUCACACAGUACAAUGCACGGAUUGUCCUCAUUAGAGAUCCUGUGGCCCCUGGAUAGGGUGCUGAUAAGAUCUUGGCCAAGUGAGUCCAAAAGUACUUCAUCUCCAAGGGGGCAGAAGGUCGCAGAUCUAUUUAGUCAACAGCAGACACACCAGCUCAGGAACUCUUCACCAAACAUGCGCCAGUCGUCGCUCUGCUCCAUGUCACGCCAUCACUCCAACUCGCGCACAUCCCUCGUGUCCAUCACCAGCCCCGACCAGGAGCACCGCAACACGCCCGACAGUGGGAACAUAAUGAGCAGCAGUGGUGGCGGUGGCGGAGGAGAGCAGCGCCUGCACCUCACGCACAGCGGAGACAGCGGCUUUGGCGGCAGCGCUGCGGACCUAGUCGGGUUGGCCGCAGCGGCGGCCAGCAACCAUAGCAACAUGGGAGACCAGCCAUCACCUCUCUCUGCCUCGAGUCCUCACGGCGAGGGAUCGCCGGGAAUUCCCAGUCCCGUCGGUGGGUAUUCAAUGACGGGGCGUCGACCGCAGCGGAGAAGUCGCACAAACUUCAGUCCAGAACAGCUGCGCAUCUUGGAGUCGUCGUUCCGCGAGUGCGAGUACCCGGACAUAGGAACACGUGAGCAACUAGCCGAAGACUUUGCCAUCCCGGAAGCACGUAUUCAGGUCUGGUUUCAGAACCAUCGUGCCAGGGCGCGCAGACGCAAGCGCAGCAGCACCGAUUGCCGCGAACCUCGUCAGGCCACCGUGAGAUCGCCGCCUCGCCAGCAGCAACAAGCCGCAUCGCGUCCUCGCAGCUCUGCACCAGCGCAGCAGCGAUCGGAGCCACCGGCAUCCAGCAGCAGCCAACAACAACAGCACCACCAGGCACCCACAUUAUUUGAACGACGUCACCAAGCUGCACAGCAGCAGCAUCAUGUCAAGCUGGAGGAGAGCAAACCACACCACGCUCCCGUUGUACGGUCGUCGUCCCCACCGCUAACUGCUCGCCAAUCACAACCCAUCGGAGGGCCUCCACCAUUGCUACACCAGCCCAACGAGCCUGCAGUGAAAGUUGACCACGGCGGAGAAGAGGUCGAUGUAACGACUUGCCAACCAACGACAACAUACACAUUCCCGUCGCCGGCAACAAGGCUAAGCCCUGUGCAGGUAACCAUUACACCUUCUCCCCCACCGAUGCAGCAGCAGCAGCAGCAACCACAGCAGGUCACACUGACGCCACACGAAACCCCUCCGGCCAGCACCGGUGGUCAGCCGCAGCCUCAGUACAUCCCUGCACAGCAGCCAAUGUUUGUAGCAGUUCAGAUGCCGCCGGGAGCGGCAAUGGCAGGGCCUGCCAGCGCGUCACCGGCAGUACCUGUGAGCGGCGGAGCGCCACAACAACCACAGGGAAUGCACCCGGCACAGAUGACCAUGAACUACCAGCCGAUACUGUCGUACGGCUCUCCCAACCAGUACGCUGCCAACAUGGAAUGGCCACCGACACCGCAGAGUGCUGCGGCCAUGGGCCAAGCGCCCAUCAUCAUCCCACCGCCAGUCCAGUAUCAGAUGCCACAGCAGUGGGUGAGAGUCUACCCUGCUCAGGCACAGGAUUCACAAACACAGCAGUGAAUGCCUACGCCACUGCAAUGGGCUGAAUUGGACCUGUACAAAUACACAGCAAUGAGUGCCUAAGCCACGAAAGUGGGCUGAGUUUAAUCUUCAUGAACAGAACAAUGAGUUUUCUAAGCCACGGCAAGACACACCCACCGCUGAUCUUUACUGUUCCUGUAACAGUGUCGUCUUGAGUUUCCUACUGCUUUGCAUUGCAGCGACCGGAUCAUGUAUACCGGCUCAAUGAAUAUGAAUUAUGGAUUUCCCAGUCCCCCCGAAACCUUUUAUCUCCGGCUAUAUCGAAGACAUUCUCUCUGGCUCAAAAUCUUCUCUUUCCUUCCAGUUACUCAUUGGUCAUACUAUAUUCUAAAUCGUUGUCCUUUGUGAAAACUUAGCUCUCACAGUACACGCUCUGGUAAAUAUCCCAUGGACGGUCUGCUUUCCACAAGGUUGUCAAGGUAAACAUGGAGAAUACUUUUGCAAAACAAUUUGAGCGAUGGCCCAUAGGCCGUAUUGUGCUGUCCAUAAUUUCUGGAUGCUUUCAUUGGUAAUCCGUGCUUUCCUUGCGUUCUUGGUUGAAAAUAUUGGUUCCAUCCCCCCCCCCCUUUAACCCCCCCCCCCACCCCCCCCCUUAACCCCUCGCUACCCUCUACAAUUACAGUGAUAUCACACGUUCGAGAGAAAGAUAUUUUUUAUGCAA